GGCGCCGCGUGCAACCUUUUACCCGACGUCACUUGACGGCGCAACACGGAAGUGCCAUGGCGGCGGCGGGAGGAGACAGUACAGGCGACGGAUCGCACCGUGCGGCUCAGCGGAGGCUGCGCAUCCUCUCGGGCCACCUGCACGCUCCUCCGGACACGCAGCUGUCAGCGAACCCGUGCCGAGGGCGGGCUGCCACGGCCCCGUCGGCCGCAUCCCAGUCGAGAGUCUUCCCCAAGAGGCGGCAAGAAGUUUUAAAGUGGAAUGGAUGGGGAUACAAUGAUUCCAGAUUCAUAUUCAAUAAGAAGGGGCAUGCUGAAUUCACAGGAAAAAGGUAUCGGAUAGGUGGAAUUGUAUUCCCUCUUUUGAAAGAAUGGUUAGAGAAAAACGUUGGAGGAAGUCUGGAGCAUAAAAUUACCCCUAGAGCAUCUUUAAAUAUUAGUGAUGUACCUCCCUCCAUUGCAAGUGAAGAAUUUCUCCAAGAUCUUCAAAUGACAAAAAUACCAUAUUCCCAAGAAGCGGAAUCUAGAGUAUUUAGAGCUCAUGGUCAUUGUCUCCAUGAGAUAUUUUUGCUCAGGGAAGGAAUGUUUAAACGAAUUCCUGAUGUAGUUGUAUGGCCAGAGUGCCAUGAAGAUGUAGUUAAAAUUGUGGAACUAGCCUGCAAACAUAGUGUUUGUAUUAUACCAUAUGGUGGAGGGACAAGUGUUUCCAGUGCUCUGGAGUGUCCUCCUGAGGAAAAAAGAACCAUUGUUUCACUGGACACCUCACAGAUGAAUAGGAUUCAUUGGAUAGAUGAGAAAAACUUGACUGCUCACGUUGAAGCAGGCAUUGCUGGACAAGACUUGGAAAGACAGUUGGGUGAAAGUGGCUACUGUACAGGCCAUGAACCAGAUUCCAUGGAGUUCAGUACUCUUGGAGGAUGGGUAGCGACAAGAGCGUCGGGAAUGAAGAAAAAUAUUUAUGGAAACAUUGAAGACUUGGUGGUUCAUAUAAAAAUGGUAACUCCAAGAGGCGUCAUACAAAAAAGCUGUCAAGGACCACGAAUGUCAACAGGGCCUGACAUCCACCACUUCAUUUUAGGUUCUGAAGGAACCCUUGGAGUGGUAACAGAAGUUACAAUAAAAAUUCGACCAAUCCCUGAAUACCAAAAGUAUGGCUCUGUAGUAUUUCCAAACUUUGAGAGAGGGGUGGCCUGUUUAAGAGAAGUAGCAAAGCAGAGAUGUGCCCCUGCAUCCAUUCGCCUUAUGGACAAUGAACAAUUUCAAUUUGGACAUGCUCUUAAACCACAGGUUGCCUCCAUUUUUACAUCACUUUUGGAUGGAUUGAAAAAGUUCUACAUCACAAAGUUCAAAGGAUUUGAUCCCAAUCUGUUAUGUGUUGCUACCUUGCUUUUUGAGGGAGACCGAGAGAAGGUUCUUCAACAUGAAAAGCAAGUUUAUGAUAUUGCUGCAAAAUUUGGUGGUCUUGCAGCUGGAGAAGACAAUGGGCAGAGAGGAUAUAUGCUAACUUUUGUUAUUGCUUACAUUCGGGACAUGGGCUUGGACUAUUAUAUAAUAGGAGAAUCAUUUGAGACAUCUGUUCCCUGGGAUAGAGUUCUAGAUCUCUGCCGAAAUGUAAAAGAAAGAAUAGCAAGGGAAUGCAAAGAGAAAGGUGUCCAAUUUCCACCUUUUUCAGCCUGUCGGGUGACACAGACAUAUGAUGCUGGUGCUUGUGUCUAUUUCUAUCUGGGCUUUAACUACAGAGGACUGAGCGACCCAAUGCGUGUUUAUGAAGAAAUAGAGAUGGCAGCUCGAGAAGAAAUCCUUGCUAAUGGAGGAAGCUUGUCACAUCAUCAUGGAGUGGGCAAGUUACGGAAGCAGUGGCUGAAAGAGAGCGUCUCUGACGUUGGCUUUGGGAUGCUGAAAUCUGUAAAGCAAUUUGUGGACCCCAAUAACAUCUUUGGAAAUGGGAACCUUUUAUAAAGCCUCUGAAACGGAAACUAAAUAAGACGACUAAUAACGGUUUGAGUCUCAUGGCUAUCCCGGUAUCCAAAUAUAGCAUGGACCCAGUUUCAGAACUGUUUUCUUCCUUACGCCUUUUCUUUCUUCAGUUUAAACAUGAGUGUUCCAUUAUUCGUAGUAGACUUUUACGGAUUACGUCUAAACCUUUCACAAACAACCAGUCCAAAGUUUGUCCAGGUUAGUCCUGUUGAUAACCUGUUUGGAUGGCUUCCUGCCGCGGUGUGAGUCUGUCUGCGCCAGAGUGACACUAGUGCUAUUGUUCUCGGGGCCUCUUUUGACAGAAGAGAGUUUUUUCUGGGAAGCAGAUGAAAAAUGGGAUAAUGUUUAGAUUAAAUGGGCUUUUCUGUUGAAAGGUUAGGAAAACAAAGAAGGAAUGCCAUGCUGCGGUUUGUGUAAAAGAAAAAAAAUCCAGCCAUUUUGUGGUGGGAAGAGGUCAAAUCUCCUAUAUCUUACUGAAAACAUAGCAGAUGUGUGGUCUUAAUUUCACUUGUAGUGGUACUUAAUAUUCUAAACCAAUUCUACUGACCCAGAGGAGCAAAUGUUUCUUUUUUAUAUACUGGAGAAUCUUUGUUACAUAAAAUGCAGGGCUUUCAUUAUAAUUGUGUUGUUAAAUUGCCUGCAGUUGUUUUGGAAGGCAGUAUUUCUCAAGCGGAAGAAUGAUUUGGUUAUUUAUGGCACUCAAGAUGUUUCCACCAUUUUAAAUCCGAAACAACUUUUCAGUUGUCUUUCUGAAACUUUUAGUUACUAGUUACAAGUGUAAU